AAUCUUUUUUUUUUAAAUUGUAGUAUUUGACCCUGAGUGUAGUGUAGAGAAUGACUCUAAGAAAGAUGAACCUGAUCAGGAUUCUAGGGAAAUGUGUCUAAAGAAGAAUUUUGCUUCGUCAAGACAAAAAUUCGAGAAUCUGCCAUUUUAUCUGAAACCCUAUGUUUACAUGAUGCCUGGUAGUCAUGUACCAUUCACAGGGUUGGACUUGAGAUACCAAUACAACACUUUCAAAAAAUUGAAAUUCCGUUUAAAAAACAUGAACCAGAACGUGUGCCCUGAACGAACAGAAUUUCUCGCCAACUCUCCCUGUAAUCCCAGGUGUGUAGUGAUAGAUAGAUCGAAUAGUUUGCCUAUUCCUGGACUUCUAGACAAUCUUUCUUUUCUAACCUAUGAUUGCGAGGUUGGAUUUUAUAUCUCUGGUAAAGACGAUCAGAAGAGUUGGAUUGAGACGUCAGGAGAUGAUUAUCUGCUAAGUGUGUGUGCAGACGGUUCCUCCGGAACUGUUUGUGGAGAGUAUACAUUUCAGGUUCCAUCUCCGCUCCAUUUAAACAAGACAGAUGACCCCCCUGUAAUAGUUCUACUCGACAAACAGGAAUUUGAGAAUAAAGAUAAAAUUGUUAUUUAUGUCCCAACCUCACAGAAGGCAGAUACAUUUAGUGUCAGUGUACUGUUAGUAUCGGAUAACCAGAGCAGUACAGUUGUGAGUACACAAGAGAACCCUAUUCCACCUGGUGCCGGUCCUGUACUCAAGAUCUUAGUAGAGCAUAAUAUUCCUAGCGGAAGGUAUCAAAUAGCUGUGACUCCUAAACGUGGAGGCGAGUUAACAGGAACCCCAAGCUAUUCUGCUCAUUUAACCAGGUUGCUGAAGAGUUUACCAUAG